AUGGCCCAAAGCACAAGAAUAACAGGCCUCGAGGAUUGGACACAAGCGGAGAUGUACAUGAACUCCUUCCUUCUCCCAGAAACAGAUGAUGCAUUGGAGAUGGCGACGAAGAAGACUGUCGAGGGUGGUUUACCUGUGGAAAUCGCCGUAAGUGCUUUACAAGGCAAGUUCCUGAACCUCAUCGUCAAAACUACUGGGAGCAAACGUAUUUUGGAAAUCGGUACCUUGGGCGGAUAUUCUACUAUUUGGCUUGCACGAGCCCUACCCGAGGACGGAGAGCUUGUAACGCUCGAGCUUGAACCGACACACGCAAAAGUUGCCAGACAGAACCUAGAGUAUGCUGGCCUUGGUAAUAAGUGCAAAGUAAUAGUUGGACCAGCCUAUGACUCGCUGAAGCAACUUGGCAGUGAUGAGCCUUUCGACUUCGUGUUCAUCGAUGCCGACAAACAGUCUAGCCUCCAGUACUACAUAGAAGCAAAGAGAUUGGUCGGACGGGGAGGCGUAAUCAUCAUAGACAACGUAUUUCGCUACGGAAACGUUGCAGAUCCAGAUUAUACAGACCCAAAGGUAGAGGGUAUCCGAAAACUUCUAAAAGCGUUGAAAGAAGAUAGAGAAGUAGAGGCCAGUGCAAUAGGGACGGUAGGAGAGAAAGGUUAUGAUGGCUUUCUGUACAUGGUGAAAGUGUAG